GCGAUCUAUACGGCAGGGGGAAAGAAUUCUGAAAACCCUUAUCCUUUGCCCUUCGAUCUCUGUCAGUCCACCGUUGUCCUCCACCACUGCAAUAUCGCCGGCCACCGCGGGAGCGUCUGAGUUCUUUCCCUUCCUCCCUUGUUCAUGCGUUGCUGUGGACGUGCCGCAAUCAGGCCUCUUCUUCAUCACCCCUGCUUCAAGUGCCGCAACCACUCUUCCUUCUUUGUGCUUGCGACGCACCCUCUCCUCCUCCUCCUCCCUCCUUGUUGCAGCGCUGUUCACCUUUCCUUGGUCUUGCUAUCUGCCAUUGUCAGUUGUCGAUGCUGGGUUUCGUUCAGCUCUCGCCCCUCGCUCUUUCAGCUCAAAAUCCCUCACUUUUGAUUGCAGAAAAUCAAGAUGGAAGGAAUUGUGCACAGAACAGUGGAAGUGAAUGGCAUCAAAAUGCACGUUGCAGAGAAAGGAGAAGGCCCUGUGGUGCUGUUCCUCCAUGGCUUCCCUGACCUCUGGUACUCCUGGCACCACCAGAUUCUGGCUCUCAGCUCCCUUGGCUACCGAGCCAUUGCUCCAGAUCUCCGUGGCUACGGUGACACCGAAGCCCCAACUUCAAUCAACAGCUACACUUGCUUUCAUCUCGUUGGUGACAUCGUCGCCCUCAUAGACUCUUUGGGCGUUGAUCAAGUCUUCCUCGUGGCUCAUGAUUGGGGAGCCAUCAUUGGUUGGUACCUCUGUAUGUUUCGUCCUGAUAGAGUCAAGGCCUAUGUCUGCCUUAGUGUGCCAUUCAUGCCUAGAAAUCCUCGAGUCAAGCCGAUUGAUGGCUUCCGAGCUGUCUAUGGGGAGGAUUACUAUAUCUGCAGAUUCCAGGAGCCAGGGAAGGCAGAAGCUGAUAUGGCCAAAAUAGGUUGCGAACAAGUACUGAAGCAUGUUCUCACAACACGAAGUGUCGGUCCUCCAAUCAUUCCAAAAGAAGGGUUUGGACACAAUGCAAAUACCACACGGGCCUUACCCUCCUGGCUCUCGGAAGAAGACCUGCGUUUUUGUGCUUCGAAGUUUGAGAAAUCUGGUUUCACUGGAGGGCUGAACUACUACAGAAAUCUCGAUCUAAAUUGGGAAUUGGCAGCAGCAUGGACUGGGGUGCAGGUGAAAGUUCCCGUGAAGUUCAUAACAGGUGAGCAAGACAUGGUGUACACCUCGCCAGGAAUACGUGAGUACAUAGAGAGUGGUCGUUUCAAGAAAGAUGUGCCAAAUUUGGAGGAAGUGGAGGUGCAGAAAGGAGUAGGCCACUUCAACAACCAGGAAGCAGCAGGGGACAUUAGCACUCACAUUUACAACUUCAUCAAGAAGUUCUGAUGCAACAAAAUCCACCUGCCGAACAUGUCGAGUUUAGUUGAACAAUUUGACUUCCAUUCAUGUCUGAGUUGUUAUUUGCAGACCCCUUUCUUUGUUCUUCGUUUGUAAUCUGGCUGUCGGUUCAAUCGUCCCUGCUGUGUUUCCCUGAACUGAGGAGGUUGGCUUUAUGCACAUGAAGUAAAGGGGCUUAUGCGAAGAGAUUGGCCAGCGAGGGAAAUCCUCAAAUCUCACGCGGGAUGGGACAGGGGAGGUUUGACUGUUCUCACAAGCCCUCCGAGAGAAUACAGAAUAGAAGUGGACAUGGCAUGGCAAAUAAAAUUCCAGUUUGGGACGUGAUUCGGUUUCUUGCACUCCACUCAACCAAUAUUUUUGGAGUCAAUAUUUUGUAUGACAUUUAAAUCCUAUAAAAUAUUGGUCUAAUGAGAA